GAUUCGCCGGUGGGCCGGAGCCGUAGAAAGCCGGGGAGGAUCCGUUGGCCACUGUGUCAACCCGUCUGAAUCCUGUCUCCAUUGAGGAAUACUGAAGCUUUUAACUGGAUGUUUUAUUUACUAAUCCGUAUCGCUUUUAUUUAACACCAAGGACAAUCGGAAAGACGAUUUUACUGCGGCAACACAGAUUGUAUCUUCACACCUGAGGCAUCAUCUCCAUUUAGUUCCCAGUGCCAUGCACUUUAUGCCAUUGCCAUGUGGAAGGUAACUUAAACUCCCAUCUUUAGCCCUUUUGCCUGUCCCAUGUGUGAGGACAGUGAUCCAAAGCACUACCUGUAUUCAACCCUGGACGGGCGUGAACGGAACCGGGGUAGGGUCGGCUUCCAGGUGGAGGAAGAGGAGCGCUCUCCCCGCGGCUCCAUUAGUCAGCUUCACCGCAUGGCCAGCAGUUACAACGAGGGUUGUAGCGGGCGGGAUGGGGUCGAACUGGAGGCCGAGUUAGGAUUGGCAUCUGAGGGAAGUGACAGCAGCCAUGAUCACCCAGCCUCGCCGGGCUCCCCACACGAUGACAGGAAGCGGCCACGCCCGCCCUUACAUGAGGAUGUAGAGAUGGGUGGCAGCGGCUCAAGCGGGAGUGGGACAGAAUCCCCUGGUAACGAGUCGCAUGGCAAUGAGUCCCAUGGCAAUGAAUCUGUGGGCAGCUCAAAUGGCAAUGGCAAGGAUUCCGCUCUCAUGGAGUCUUCAGGGAGCAACAAGAGCUCAAACUCUCACAGCCCCUCGCCGCCAAGCAGCUCCAACGCCUUCAGUCUGGUGAGCUCUGAGCAGGACAACCCUUCGACCAGCGGCUGUAGCAGUGAACAGUCAGCCAAAGCUAAGACACAGAAGGAGCUCUUCAAGACCCUGAAGGAGCUGAAGAUGCACUUGCCAUCAGAAAAGAGGAGCAAGGGCAAGUCCAGCACUAUCAACACGCUCAAAUAUGCGCUGCGAUGUGUCAAACAGGUGAAAGCUAAUGAGGAAUACUACCAGAUGCUGAUGAUUAAUGACAGUCAGCCACCAGGUUUCGAUGUAUCCUCCUACACCAUUGAGGAAAUCAACAGCAUCACCUCUGAAUACACGCUCAAAAACACUGAUAUAUUCGCUGUAGCCGUCUCACUCAUCACGGGGAAGAUUGUUUACAUUUCGGACCAGGCGGCGUCCAUCUUGAACUGCAAGAGGGAGGUGUUCAACAAUGCCAAGUUUGUGGAGUUCCUGACACCUCAGGAUGUCAGCGUGUUCUACAGCUUCACCACACCCUACCGCCUCCCUUCAUGGAGCAUGUGCACCGGAGCAGAGUCAUCUCCCACGGAGUGCAUGCAGGAGAAGUCCUUCUUUUGCCGCAUCAGUGGUGGUAAGGAACGCGAAGGGGAUCUGCAGUACUAUCCUUUCCGUAUGACUCCUUAUCUGAUGAAAGUCCAGGAUUCUGAGCUGGCUGAGGAACAGUUCUGCUGCCUCCUGCUGGCUGAGAGGGUGCACUCUGGAUAUGAAGCACCCAGAAUCCCUCCUGACAAGCGUAUCUUCACCACCACACACACACCUAACUGUGUGUUCCAGGAUGUGGACGAGAGGGCUGUUCCUCUGUUGGGUCACCUGCCUCAGGACCUGAUCGGGACUCCUGUACUACUCAAUCUGCACCCAAGUGAUCGACCCUUGAUGCUGGCUGUGCAUCGCAAGAUCCUGCAGUAUGCGGGUCAGCCGUUCGAUCACUCCUCAAUCCGUUUCUGUGCAAGAAACGGUGAGUACAUCACCGUCGACACAAGCUGGUCCAGUUUCGUCAACCCCUGGAGUCGCAAGGUGUCCUUUGUCAUUGGGAGGCACAAAGUCCGCAUGGGUCCUGUCAAUGAAGAUGUUUUUGCAGCACCAGCUUUCCAUGGAGGGAAAAUCAUGGACUCAGACAUCCAGGAAAUUAGUGAACAGAUCCACAGGCUGCUACUCCAACCAAUCCACAACAUGGGCUCCAGCGGUUAUGGCAGCCAUGGCAGCAAUGGUUCCCAUGAGCAGCUGAUGAGCAUCAGCUCAUCCAGCGAGAGCAAUGGGAAUGCAGGGAAGAUAGCAGAGGAGACAGGCAAGGCCAAGCCUACCAGGACAUUCCAGGAGAUUUGUAAAGGAGUCCACAUGUUGAAGAACCAGGACUCGCAGGUCUGCUUGCACUCCCCAUCCCCUUCGCCCUCACCGUCGCCUUCCAAGCCUGAGCAGAGGAAGACCAUUGACCCAGCAAUUCCAGCUCAGAAGAGUCCAGUGGUGCGUCUGAAGGACUCUGCGGCCCCCAUGCAGGUCAGAGACAGUACUGCAGCCAGCAUCGAGGACUUUCCCUGCAAAGACCAGACUGUCCCCUCCUACCAGCAGAUCAGCUGCCUUGACAGUGUCAUCAGGUACCUGGAAAGUUGUAACAUUCCCAUCACAGUGAAGAGGAAAUACCAGUUCUCCUCCAACACCACCUCCUCCAACUCAGAUGAUGACAGGAAGGGCACAGAGGAUGGCAUGCAAGUGCCUCAAGAUACAAACCCAGACCCCUUGAUGUUAGAUCCCCAGCCAGGCCUGUCAAACAUGAAAGAACCAAAGAAGCCUCCAUCUGGAGCAGCUGCCGUGGUGGGAGGCCCCCUGGCACCCCUCACCCUGCCCAGCAAGGCCGACAGUGUGGUGUCCAUCACCUCACAGUGCAGCUACAGCAGCACCAUUGUCCACGUGGGAGACAAGAAGCCUCAGCCAGAGUCCGAGAUUAUUGAGGACGUGGCUGAGAGUCCAGCACCCCCUGCUCUGCCUGUCAGUGUGGUGUCUCCACCCAGUCAGGAGAAGGAGGCCUACAAGCGUCUGGGAUUGACCAAACAGGUGCUGGCUGCACACACCCAGAAAGAAGAGCAGGCCUUCCUCACCCGCUGCCGUGAGCUUCUCAAUGCCAGGACCUUCCAGAAGGACUGUUCCACACAUCUAUCCAAGCAGAGAGGACCAGUCAAUGCUGAAGAAUCAUCUGGACCACGAGGUGCAGCCAAACAGGGCACCACCAGGCCCGAGACUACUGCCAAGAAAGGCAUACGCAACAGGAAGUCCAAGAAGCCACGGAUGAAGCAUCCUGACUCGUCAGACAGCGCUGUAUCAAACCGCAAACCCCGGCCCCCUCUCCAGGGUCUCAACCAAACUUCAUGGUCUCCAUCAGAAGCAUCUCAGUCAGCUUUUAACGUCUCCUAUCCAACCAUGGUGCCUGCUUACCCACUCUACCCCCCAGCACCUGCUGCCCCGGCUCAGGCCCCCCUCCCUGACCCCUCUCUUUCCACAGGCUUUGGAGAUGGACAAAGCACCCAAGCCCCACCGACUGCCACUCCGUUUCCUGCGCCCAUUGUUACACCUAUAGUGGCUCUGGUGCUACCCAAUUACCUUUUCUCCCAAAUAGGACAGUUAGGUCAAAUAGGGCAGCUGGGCACAGCUCCUAGACCACCAUUUUUCCCAGAGCAGACCCAUGCGCAGCCUGUAUACACUACUCAGCAGCCCUUUCAGCCCCCACAGCCAGCCUACACCAUGCAAACACACCCGCCCUACACCAGUCAACAGCCAUUUCCAGUACAGACUGCCUUUGCAACCCAGCAGCCAUUCCAAACGGCCCAGACCCCCUACACUACCCAGCAGCCCUUCCAGGCUGCUCAGACCCCCUACACUACCCAACAGCCUUUCCAGGCCCCUCAGGCUACCUACACUACUCAGCAGCCCUUUGCUGCCCAGUCGUCUUUCCCGGUGCAGACUCCGUUUGUGGCACAAGCCCCGUAUCCAGCUCAGCCCUUCCCUUACAGUCUAGCUGCCGAGCCCCCCAAAACCCUGGUCCGAGAGGGAGCAGCAUCACGCUCCUCGACCCCAGCCUCUGGAGCAAGGGACCCUGCCACGUCUCCGCCGCUGUUUGAGUCACGGUGCAGUUCGCCCCUGCAGCUCAAUUUGCUGAGCAUGGAGGAGGGACAACGCUCAGUGGAACGCCAGGAUAGCACAGCCACUCCUGCUGGAGGCCAGGGCAAUAGUACAGCAGCAGCAUCAGGGGCAACUGGAGCAGCAGGAGAGAAGAACAGAGGCACAGCCAAAACCGAAACUCACCAACAGGUGGAGUGUCCAGGAGAAGGGGCUCACAGCGACGGUAACUCCUCAUCCUGUGACUUGCUGGACAUCCUUUUGCAGGAGCAGGAAGACUCCCACUCUGGCACUGGGUCAGCCACCUCUGGCUCCAUGGGCUCAGGAUCAGGCUCAGGAUCAGGCUCUGGCUCAGGUUCAGGAUCAGGCUCAGGCUGUGGUACAUCAGCUAGUGGAGCCUCUGGUAGCAGAACAGGGAGCAGCAACACCAGCAAAUACUUUGGCAGUGUUGACUCCCUGGAACAUGACCCCAAGGCCAAGGCCAAAGUCAAAACAAGAGGUGAGGGAGGCUCUGAAGGCGGGCAGUCCCACACCAAGGUCUCAACCCAAGGGGAGGGAGAGCAUUUCAUCAAAUAUGUUCUCCAGGAGCCUCUCUGGCUGCUGAUGGCCAAUGCUGAUGACAAAAUCAUGAUGACAUAUCAAAUGCCAUCCAGGGACAUUCAGAAGGUUCUGCGAGAGGACAAGGAGAAGCUAAGACAGAUGCAGAAGAGCCAGCCUCACUUCUCCUCAGACCAGCGGCGAGAGCUCGUGGAGGAACACCCCUGGAUGAGGAGAGGUGGUCUACCAGCUGCUAUCAAUGUGAAGGAAUGUGUGUACUGUGAGGAUGUAGCAGCAGCCCCCAUUGAGGAGGACCUGCCAGAUAUGGAUAUGGGCGAGCUGGGUGAGGAGCUAACGCAAGAGAGCCAGAACACUCAGAGCCAAUCAGAGGAGUCUCAGCCUCAACCAGGCACUGGCUCCUGAACGUCCACAUGCAUCACCAGCAGGGGGACACACUCGACCAGCCAUGGACCCUCAUGACGCACACGAACACACAAUGUGGAUGUGGGACACACACAUACACACACACACACACACAGUCUGAACUCAGAACUCUGUGUUGGUAUUGUGGUGAAUAAGAGAAUGUGUGCCACUUGAGUUUUAACGUGUGUGUGUGUGUGUGCGUGCGUGCACACACAGAGGACUGCUCCUGCUGUGCAGUUUUUAUUGUGCACACAUGCACACACACAUUCUUACUGAAAUGAUUUGGACCCAGCAUGUGUGGUUGGUGACCUUUGGCCUCCCAGAUUUAUUUUCAUUUGUUUCCCUUCUGCUUUUCCGUCAGCUUUACAGCAACAUUGAGCAGCUGUUAUUCUAAAAAGGACAAAUGUAAUAGUGAAUGGACAUCUUAUAAAUAUAUUUAAUUUUUUAAAAAUAUGUAUAUUGACAAAAAAAAUGUAAUUAAACAAUUUAUAGAUUUUAUUAACAAAACGUUCAGCAUUGCUGGUAGAAUACUCUACCCCCAGACCUCAUGUUUGUUUUACAACUCCAUUCAAGUCUUUGAAACCCCAGAAUCCCAGAACCGAGUCCCAGUGAAAGGGUAGGGAUUCCCACUUUUGUACCAUGGAUGAAUUUUUAUCUGACCUAAUCAGGUCUGAGUAUUUGCAAUAUUCAGGCACACAGCAGGGUAGAACCUGACUCAACAGCCAGCAGAAAGCUGAUUUUAACUUUAUACAACAGUGACAAUCUGAUACUUAAUGCAAAAUAUUCAUUUAAACAAGUAUCUUAUUUAUUUUCCACCAGAGUAGUUUUUAUUUUUUUUGGGGGGGGGGGGGGGUCCAGAGGAUAUUUUGUGUCACUUUACUCUGAGCACUAAAAACUGAAAACUGACUAACCUCAAAGAGUUGUAGUCUUCUGCUCUGAACAAAGGGGCAUAUCGCAUAGUAAGAAGCUGCUUAAUGUAAAUAAAAAAAAUCUUCUGUUGAACACUCAACAUCAGAAAAUUAACGCAUGAUAAGCAGAUGUUGAAGGGAUGGCAAAUAAAAAGAUCUUUGGGAUUAGAAUUUAUUUUUUUGUUAUUGAUACAUUUUGUUUUCCCAGUUUUAUCCAUGCAGAUUGCAAAAUAUUGCAAAACUGUAUCAAUAUUCUUUUUCUGUCACUUUUGUUUUGCUCAACCACUUUUUAGAACAAACCAGUGGCAUCAAUAGUCUCCAUUACACCUUUUUCGAAGAUGUUGUCUUUGCUCAUUUUCUCCCAUAUCUGUUUUUCUGGAUUUAAAAGUACAAGCACACACUUCUUGAAGUGCUUUACCAAACCAAUACAUGUUUUUACAAUACUGGAAUAUUUCAGGAGCCACCAGGAAGUGUGCAGUUGUGUGUGUGCAGCAGAUCUCUUGAGUAGUUUAGAAAGCUUUUGGUCAAAGAGUUGUGUGAACCUGUUCUUAAAAGAAGUCCAUGUGGAGCUUCAGCUCUCUAUGAAAUAUAGAUUGUAAUGUUAUACAGCACUUGUAGCAUAAAAAAAGCAGACCAUGCUGCCUCAAUGACCUUGUGUUGAAAUAUUGGAUACACAAUGGUGACAUGCAUGGAUCAGCAAUCAUGCAAGCCCCUCGUCAUCUUACAUGAAGUAUUAAGGAAACUGUGAUCCACACUGGCUCCACUUAGUCGAGGUAAACAUGGUGGUAAACAUUAUUCUGGUGCUAAAGCAGAGAAACUGUUGGACUUGUCAAUGUACCAGAUUGGACCAAGAGCAUCUCACUGGCUUAUGUUGUCAUGAUUUUCUUUUAUGUUUCUUCUCAUUUCUUGUUCACUUGUCAGAUUUUUUUUAAUGCUCUAUUUUUCUAUUUUUGUCUCUUGAGUGUUGUAUUUUAUUUGUUGGAAAAAAAAGAGUAAGAGCUUUGAGUGUCGUUGGGGACAGACCCUACCUCUAAAAAAAAGAAAAUCCCAGGUCACGUUACUGUAUAAGGAGAGCACAGCAUGUGUACACAUGUGGGCAAAGCGCAAUGACCAUAGUGGGCAGACAUGUCGGUGAGUGAUGCGUUUGUACAGAGAGCCUCUGUCUCAGGCUGGCAGAGCUUUGUGGACCCUCUCUGUCUCUGUGAAUGAUUAAAUGCAAAGAUGACAGGCGUCUGUCACUACCUUUAGCAACUACCGUCUUUCUGUCUUUUGUCUCUUCUUUGCACAGAAUAGCUUGAGGGGGGCCCUCCAGUGCUCACCUGUGUAUAUACCAUUAAGAACGCAGCAGUGUUGUUCAUAUAUUUGGUAACUGAAAUAUGUAAAUAAGCUGGUCUGAAUGCUGAGAGUAAGCAUGUAGGGAGUCCGUUUUUAGAUGAAAUAAACACUGAUGGACGCACUCACUGAUGGACUGAUGGACGCAUUGGAAGCACUCUGAGCUGUAAUUGCGUACACAGAGUACUGGCAGGUGGUACCGUGUACGGUCAUGUAAAUUUAUUUCAUUGCCACUGUAUAAGUCUGUGGUAUAUUAAACUAGCACAGUUCAUCUGCAUUUUUGUAGGUAAGAAGACGUGUUUGAGACUUGUAAACAAUGUUGUAAUAAAACUACAGAACUAUA